AUGGCCAAGCCGCCGCCGCCGCCCGAGCGUCUCCGGAGCCGCCGCGCCGGCUGCCUCUCACCCCGGGGGAGGGGCGCGCGGCGGGGACGGCGCGGGCCGGCGGGCCGCCGCCGCGGGACUUGUCAACUUGACCCAAGUUGCGAGCGGCUGGGGUGCGGGGCAGCGGGGACGCCGGGAAGGGGCGACUCGCCCGGCGCAGGCGAGCGCUGCUUGCCCGGCCGCUUGCAGCCGCUGCCGCCGUCGCGGGCCCCCCCACGCCCUCUCCUCCGAGGCUGUCACGCCGGCACCGGGCUCCUCCGCGGCGGCGAGACGCCACUAGCACGUCGGAGCGCUCCCGAGCCGCCUGUGAGCGGGAUCCACGCUCCGCGCUAUAUAACCCGCGACCGGGAAGAGCCAGAGGCGGCAUCGGCCCUCCCUCCGCUCGGCCCACCCCGCCCCCGGGCGCACCCCGCCCCCGGCCCAGCCCCCCGCGCGCCCGCAGUCCGCGGAGCCGCGGCGGGGCAGCCCCUCUCACAUGGCCGUGGCCGCAGCCUCCAGCCCGCCUCGCACCUCCCUUCGCGGCGGCUCACGCCCCCUGCCGUGGGGUGUCCGGGCCUCCGCCUGCCAGGCCCGGUGGUCGGCAGCGCCCCGGCCAUCCUCCUCCUCCUCCUCCGGGCGUCCGGUCCUCGCGGUGCCCCUCUCGCCACUUUCAUGAAGCGGGUCAUUCUGGACGGCCCCGCCUGCGAUCAGGCACCGCCGAAGACAGCCCUACGGGCUGGAGGAACGGAAGGACCUCGGCCGCGCGGCCACGGGGGCGCUGGAGGCUGUGUGACUGGGGUUGGCAGAGAGCCGAAAAGGUGCUUAAAGCCGGUUCUCGGGGGCGACUUGGAAUCUCAGCUGGCCCUUUGCAUCGUGGGCCAAAAGAGUCUCAUUUUCCCUGGCUGGAACCACCACCGUAGUGGCUGCCUGCAGUCCUUGCCAAACGUCGCCCGACCGCCCGCCCGCCGGGCAGGCAGUGGGGCUGGUGCAUGCUGGGAUUUGUAG